CUUACUCUGCAGUAUCAGUCAAGAGGUAAAUAAGAGGCAGGGGAUAGUCACGUGGCUCCGGAGGAACCAAUGGGCCUUUAGGAGGAAGCCUUCCCAUUCACAAUUCCAAGGAGUCCGAGCAGGAUGCUGCCCUGUCCUAUCACUUCCACCCCUUUCUCGGUCAAAGACAUCUUAAAGCUGGAGCAGCAGAGCGGGGACCCUCGGGGAUUCCUCCCCCAGGAUCUGCAAGAGCCUCCGGCCCUGCAGCCACCCCCUGCUUGUCUGCACAAGAAACAAGAGGCUGCCUACAAUUCUGGGGCCCUUCCCUUCCAGGUGGAAGUCGAUCAAGGCGGAAAUUGCAGGAGGCGUGAGGAGGAGUAUGAGCUCAUGAGGAGCUCCUGUGAAGAAGAAGAUAUGGACCUAAGAAAAUCUCUGGCCGCGGACUGUUUCGAGCCCCAGGAGAAGAAAGACGACCCGUGCGAACGUCCCAAGCAAAGGCAGAGGCGGAAACCCAGGGUUUUGUUUUCUCAAGCUCAAGUUUUCGAGCUGGAAAGGCGGUUUAAACAGCAGAAGUACCUCUCGGCUCCGGAACGGGAGCAUCUCGCCAGCCUGCUGAAACUCACCUCCACGCAAGUCAAGAUCUGGUUCCAGAACAGGAGAUACAAGUGCAAGAGACAAAGGCAAGAUAAAUCGCUGGAGUUCUCGGCCCAUCCCCUUCCUCCCAGGAGGGUAGCGGUCCCUGUGCUAGUCAGAGAUGGCAAGCCGUGCCUUGGGGGCUCACAGGGUUACACUGCCCCUUAUAAUGUCACACUCAGCCCUUACUCCUAUAACACCUACUACAGCGGUUACAGCAAUAGCCCGUACAGAGCAAACUACAGCGGUAGUUACUCAGGGGGGCCCGCGAGUACCACCCCGGCCAGUCACAUCAUGAACAUGAGCUUUAAUGUCUCCAGCGCUGCUCAGACCCAGCAGGGUAACUUGCAAGCCACGCUGCAAGCAGGGAUCAGGGCUUGGUAAAUGUCUCCCUUGAAACUGACCACCUGGAUGAUGCUGAACAUCUCAAGGGCAGGAGGGGGGGAUCAAAAGCCCCGGUCCAGCCCCAUGGAGACUGUCUUUUAAAAGACGCUGUGUUAGAAAAAAGGGGGCUCUGGCGCUUUCAGGCUCUGAUCCCUGGGGACUAAGCUACGGAUCACUUUAUUUAUUUAACAUGGGUGUUUUUAAAUACAGCCCUUCCUCUGUCUCUCACCUCCUCCCCCCAAAAGGUAUUUGCUGCUCCAGAAUGCAAGAACAGUAGUGAUCAUUCGAGUCCACCAACCUAGUGUCACCACCAACCUAAAGACAAAUUUGAAAGUGCUGGUUGUACACAUUUCCGUACAUUUAUUUUCAGCUGACCAUUUUAUUUAAUUCCUUUAAAAAAUGUUUAUCCUCUGUGAUAAAGUUCGGAUAUACCUAUCUUCAUUCCUGCCCAGCACACAUUUUUCAUUUGUGUAUGUUUUUCAAUUAAAAAAAAUGAAAACCA